AUGGUUCGUCUCCCGGCGCCGCGGAGGGCGCGCACCUUCUCCCCGUCGGCUACUUUUGUAGGCCACAGCCCGUCUCCACCGCAGCUGUGCUCGGAGCUGCGGUCGCCACACGCGGAGAGCAGCCCAAGCCUUGGCAUGGAACGUGGGGGAAACUGCAGCAUUGUCUCUCCCGGGUCCAAUGUGACGUACUUUGCAACGAACAGGUACUCGUGGAACCCGUACCCUAGGCUUGAAGUGGAAAGUGAUGUGUGGAAAGCGGGGGAGAACCCAGAAGAGGGCAACGCGGCCCCUGUUGCUUGGUCGUGUCCAAUCACAAUGACGCCGCAGAUGCGAAACUGCGCGGCUCAGUGGAGCAACGCGUCUUUGUCACCGGGGGCAUCGUCCAUACAAAGUUUCGCUGGCGGGGCACCAGCAACGAUGUCCUACCUUGAACCUUCGUCAAAAGUUUUGGGCAGUGGGAACGGGAGUGGAUACGCGUCGAUGGUUAAGUCUCAAUGCAUCGACGGUAACGCCAUCGCGGAGCCCAUGUGUAUGUUCGAAAGGGAUCUCAUGCCGCAGAGCUCUUUGUCGUAUAGCGCCAUGUGCCCCGCUGGGAAGGAGGGGGCCUUCGAUGACAUGGGUGUGGGGAAUAAUCCCAUCUUUGACGGGAUCGGGAGGACGAGUGCGGAGCCGCUGCAGGGGCAGCGAUACUCCGCGUCUAUGCCUCUUCACCACAGCCAACAGAACGUGUCCUGUUAUAAUGGCUUCAUGUACCCAAGCUCCCUGCAGCCAACACCAGGGUCAUGCGUCAAUGCCAAGAUGCCACGGCUGCGGUUCUCAAAGAUGCCUCCGCCCCCGGUGCCGUGUAAGGAGCUGAGUCGACUGGAACAGAGCAAUCCCCAGGACGCUCAUUAUAUUCUGAACAGCUUGAUGCGUCAAUGGCACAAGCAACUCAUGUUACAUCAAGGCGGGGAGUUUACCUACUGCCUUUACAGCAACUUCAACCUGUAUGGUAGUAACAGAAACACUCGCGCAGAGUUGGACGAGCCGUGCCCGUCGCCGCCAGAUGAAGGGCAGUGCAAGAUUGAUGAUAUAAAGUGGCUGCAACAAUGCAAUGAGUGGUGGAAUAAACUGCUUCCUGAGAAAUCGCGGCAUGGGAACAGUCGGCGCAACGGAGCUGUGCGUGGGAGGUGGAGGCCCCACCACAGCUCCGACGAAUAA